AUGGAGUCUGGACGCUAUAAUUCUGGCGGAACGCCGACAGCAGCGGUGGGAUCACAGCCCCAAGUGACUUCGGAAUCUUCAAACGACACGACCUUCACAAUGGAACAAGUGAUGGGUCUCUUGACCUCCAUUACGAAGACUGCUGCAACGAGCGCUGUGAAAGCAACGCUAUCGACGGACGGUGCAACCCUCCGGCGGCACCAUGACUUCUACCUACCACCGUUCAACCCUGAUGAGAGAUCACAUGACAUCAGGGACUGGUGCGCUAACGUAGACGAAACUAUCACGAAGUUGAUGGUCCCUCCACAUGAAGCUCGAAUGAAGGCCAUCCUGCAGUUAAGAGGACGAGCCAAAACAUGGGCUGACAGCUGGUCGCUGCAUUCAACCACGUGGGAACAAGUGAAGGAGGAGCUGAUCCAUACGUUUAGCAACGAGUUUCGGUACGCGGAUGACGUGCAGAAAUGGCGCAACUACACUUCCGACCAAGCGAGCUGCUACGCAGAGUACGCUACAACAGCAUGGGCGCUUUUUAAGAGGAUUCGACCAGAAGCUACCGACGCCGAGGUUGUGGAUGCACUGAUCACAGGUAUUUGCUCUGAGUUUAUUCGAUCUGAGUUGCUGAGAAAUACCCCCAAUUCACUCCCUAAAUUAGUAUCAGUUCUUAAAACGUUUCGUAAACGUAAAAUCGAAAAUAGAGAGAGUAAAUAUGAUGUUAAAAAAUCACGUGUUACGCUUUCUUCAAAAGAUCAAGUCGUUUGUUUCACUUGCAAAAAAACGGGUCAUUUGUCCCGGGACUGCCCAGAGAGAAAUCCCUCUAAGACUAACGUUAUUUCGUCACGGUUUAGUAACAAUGAUUCCAGUUUUCGUGGCACUCUUAAUAAUACUAAGGUUAUUGAAUGUGAUUACUGCCAUCGUAAGGGUCAUUUAGAGAAAAAUUGCUACCGCCGUCAAAAUGGUGAACGUAAUGCACCCAUUAAAUCUAUUAACUGUUGUUCAUCAAUUAAACGUAGUACAACAAAAGUAAUUAUUGGUACUAAACAGUAUAACUGUCUUUUUGACACUGGUGCAGAUUGUUCCUUAAUUCGAAAAAGCAUUGCCGGUUCAAUUCCCGGUAAACGUAAACAAGUUGACGUACAGUUUAUGGGCAUUGGGGGCCAAAAGGUUAUCUCUAAGCAAAGCAUUACAACUAUGGUAGAAAUCGAUAAUGUCACUUUAGAGCUAGCGUUUUAUGUAGUAGGUGACAGUGAAACUCAGUUUGAUAUUUUAAUAGGGUAUAAUCUUCUAAAAAUACCCGGUCUUACCGUUACUCUCAGCGAAAACGAUAUAUCUAUUAAUCGUAAGUUUAUUGUCAAUGAGUGUUCAAAUUUGACGCCCCCUAUUGAAAUAGAUACCGACCUAACUAACCAAUCGCAGAUUAAUGAAAUCUUUUAUAUCAUCAAUGAGUUCAAAGAUAAUUUUACGUCUGGAAAUCAUGUCUCACGGGUGACAACCGGUGAGUUAAAAAUUAGAUUAAAAAAUCCCGAUAAAAUUGUACAGCGUCGACCGUAUCGUUUGUCUCCUGUAGAACGCGAGAAAGUCAGGGAAAUGAUUCAAGAUUUAAAAGAAAAUGGCAUAAUAAGAGAUAGCUCUUCCCCAUUCAGCAGCCCAAUUUUAUUAGUCAAGAAAAAGAACGGGACGGACCGACUUUGUGUUGAUUUUCGUGAGUUAAAUUCAAAUACGGUUCGAGACAAUUAUCCUUUACCUUUAAUAGCGGACCAAAUUGAUAGAUUAGGUAAAGCCCGUUAUUACAGCUGCCUAGAUAUGGCAUCUGGCUUUCACGGAAUCCCUAUAUCAGAAGACUCUAUUGAAAAAACUGCUUUCGUGACACCAGAUGGACAGUUCGAAUAUUUACGCAUGCCUUUCGGUCUUUGCAAUGCUCCAUCUGUGUACCAACGCUCAAUAAAUGUUGCCUUAGGUGAUUAUAAAGAUAAUAUAGCGUUAGUUUAUAUUGAUGAUAUAUUGGUAGUAUCUGAAUCCGUACAGCAAGGUUUGAUCAAUUUGAAACUUGUUUUGACUAGAUUAACUCGUGCAGGAUUUUCAUUAAAUAUUUCCAAAUGUUCUUUUCUUAAGACUAAAAUUGAAUAUCUUGGUAACAUUGUAGAAAAUGGUACUGUUAGGCCAAGCCCAAGAAAAAUUCAGGCUUUAACUGAGUCCUCGGUACCUAAAAAUGUAAAAGAAGUUAGACAAUUUAACGGCUUAGCUGGCUAUUUUAGAAAAUUUGUUCCUAAUUUCUCUAAAAUCAUGGUCCCUCUCUACAACUUGACUAAAUCAAAUAUUAAUUUUAAUUGGACCGAAGAUCAUGAAAUUGCUCGACGGAAAAUAAUUAAUAUACUCACAUCUUCCCCUGUAUUAACUAUAUUCGAUCCCAACCUGCCGACUGAGUUGCAUACAGACGCCAGCUCUAUUGGAUAUGGUGCUGUACUGAUUCAGAGACAAGACAGAAAUCCUUUAGUUAUAGCCUAUUUCAGUAUGAGAACUUCAAGUACAGAGAGCAAAUAUCACUCGUAUGAACUGGAGACGCUUGCUGUGGUAAAGGCUAUAAAACAUUUUCGGCAUUUCCUUCAUGGCCGGUCAUUUAAAGUAGUCACAGAUUGUAACUCUUUAAAAGCUUCGAGUCAUAAGCGUGAUUUAACUCCGAGAGUGCACAGAUGGUGGGCAUUCUUACAGAAUUUUCAAUUUGAAAUUGAAUACCGCAAGGGCAACAAACUUGCGCAUGCUGACUUUUUCAGUCGUAACCCGGUUAAACAUUAUAAUGGAUGUCAUUUAAACCAGUGUUCCAAAAUUAAUAAACCCAGCUCGUUAGUAUGGUCCGUUAAUGCUGCUACUCUCGAUCAUAACUGGCUCCUUAUUGAACAAAAGCGCGAUUCCACUCUAGCUGAUAUUGUUGAACAGUUAAAAGGCGAUUCAAUUCCUAAAACUAUUGCAGAUACCUAUGUUAUACUACAGGAUAAAUUACUAAGGCGGAAAAUACAAAUAAAUAACAAGACGCAUAAGUUAAUCAUAGUCCCACGUAAUUAUAGAUGGAAUCUUAUUUCCCAUUACCAUGAUAACCUCCAACACUUUGGAUGGGAUAAAGUCCUUGCAAAAUUACGAGAGCAGUAUUGGUUCCCUAAUAUGACCAAGUUAGUUAGAAAAUUUGUAGAAAACUGUGUUAUGUGUAGAGUUAGAAAAGGUGUAUCGGGUGCUAGACAGGUAGCUCUACAUCCUAUUGACAAAAUAGCUAUACCUUUUCAUACUGUGCAUGCGGAUAUAACUGGCAGAAUGAACGGCAAACGCAAUGAACCCGAAUAUGCUUUUGUAUUUAUCGAUGGUUUCACUAAGUAUGUCCAUAUGACCUAUACUAACGAUCGCACAAGCGAUACAGCAAUUAAAUGUUUUUUAAAUCUAAUUACAAUAUUCGGCACCCCAUCGCGAUUAAUUACUGACCAAGAUAAAAGCAUGACUUCUACAGAUUUUAAAAACUUUUGUGAACAAUAUGGAAUUCAACAUCAUGUUGUAGCAAAGGGAGCUAGUAGGGCCAACGGACAGGUCGAGCGAUUGAUGAAAGUUAUAAAGGAUAACAUGUCUAUUAUAGAAAUUAGUAGGCCUUGGCACACAGCCUUACAAGAAUUACAACUAGCGAUAAACUGCACGGUUUCAAAGAGUACAGGUAAAAGUCCCAUGGAAUUAUUAUUAGGAAAAAAAUGUUCCCCACCUGCCAUUAAGAUAUUGCAAAUUGACGAUGACGAACAGACAGACGACUUAAACGAAGUUAGAUUUCUUGCUAAAAAGCGGAUGGACGAGCGGUCCCUUAGUGAUAAAUCACGUUUUGAUAAAGGUAAAGCCACAAUACACCCUUUUAAGGUAGGUGAUUUUGUCUUAAUGCGGCGCCACGAACGCCACACUACUAAGUUAGGCUGUAAAUUUGAAGGCCCAAUGGAAAUUUUACAAGUAUUACCCAAUGAUCGAUACCGGCUUAAGCAUAUUAACCUUCGCGGCUGUUCAGAAAAGAUAGCAAGUCACGAUGCCUUACGUCCCGCCCCCAUAGCUCAAUCAGACCCUUUGGAUUACUCUAGCAAUUCAGACGAAUUGACCGCAUGGGCGGAGGAUUCGUCAGAGACCGAUUUAAGAGAGGAGGCUUCUACCUCCUCCUAA